AUGUAUUUAGAUGCGUUUUACAUUACUUAUUCAUUCAACCUUCGUAUACUUUAUACUUUACACUUCACACCUUAUACCUCAUUUGGCAUUUACAAUUUAAACCAAUUUGACGCCUUUCCGCAUGUGCCCAAUCACAUCAAUUAUAUUCCCAUCUCGACCUCAAGACGACCGAACCAACGACCGAAACUCAAGUACAAGUCAAUCAAUCAAUCAAUCAACCAAUCGAUCAAUCGAUACACCGGCGACAAACAACAGCAACAACACUAA